AUGUCAAGUCCAGGAGGCACCCAUGACCUCGCUGAUAUGGGCUUCGACGAUAUCGGCAUGGAGCCAGCACACUACCUGCGCACCAGAGGCAUCUAUGAAGACCCAGGGCAGAUCCCCAUCUCGGCCGGCGAGAAAAUGGAAUCUAUCCCAGCCGGGCUUCUUCAAAUGGAUUUUAGCAACAUGAGCAACGCCACAGCUCUGCACUCUAUCCCGUCCAGCUGCGGGUCUCUCACGGAAGACACGACCUUUGACACGGCCAUGAGCGGGCACCAGAGCGACCGCUACAGUGACAAUAUCUCAGCUCCUAUUCAGAUGGCCCACGCUGACUCCCAAGGCUCGUUCCUGGACCCAUUUGGCGGCGCCGCCGGAUCAUCCAUUGCCAUGAGCUACAGCAAGAGUGUGGGAGCGGAGGACUCUCUGGCAAAGUCGUACUUUGUCAGCGAUGACGAUGUUCGCGGCAUUGGCUCUAGAUAUUUCUCUGCGGGUCAAGCAAGCUACGGCUUGGAAACGUCUCCUGGCCCUACCUAUUCGCCGGAGGCUGCACAGGUGAUGGAAAGAAGCGACACUCUCAACAGCUACUCGUCUCUGGGCCUGAACCCUGCUGAUGUGGCGGCCUUUGCGUUCUCGGACUACACCGGCCCCCAACACUUUUCUGCGGACAUGGAGCGGUCGGUCUCUGGCACCAGCGCCAGGUCCAACACGUCUCUUCGUAUGCGCGCGAAAUCAUCUCUGCGCCGGCAGCUGGACAACGCCAGCAAGAUUCAAAUCCAGCCAAAGAUGGGCGCGCUCACGAGGCCUGUUGUGCCCUCGUGCCACUCGUCCUCCGACUCUGUCAUGGAGACUGCCAGCGGCACCAAUGCAAAGGUAGAAAUCACCAAAGCCAAGCGCGAGCGGCCCAAGUCAAAGAAGCUCUUUUGUGACCUUUGCACACUGUGCCCGGAAGGGUUCAGAGGCGAUCACGAGCUUCGGCGGCACAAGCUUUCGAAACACUCCACCACCGUGAAGAAGUGGCGUUGCCGUGACCCGCACAUGGACGGCAUCGAGUCGUCCAUCACAGCCAUCCGGCCGCUCAGUGAUUGCAAGCACUGCAAGGAGGGCAAGGCUUACGGUAUUUACUACAACGCGGCCGCCCACCUCCGUCGCACGCACUUCAAGCAGAAGACGUCGCGCAAGCGCUCCAGUGCGGCAUCAGCCGUGGACAGAAGCGGCAGCAACCCAGACGCAGACGGUGGUGGAGACUGGCCUCCGAUGAACGAUCUGAAAAAGUGGAUGGUAGAAAUAACCAUCACCGGAGACCAGGUCACCUCUGUGACCGAGGCUGGCGAUGCGGACGAAGAAGAAGAGGACACCUUCAACGAAGUUCAGGAUCUGCAGGCAAGCGAGGACGUCAUUGGAAAUAUGGACGCCUCGAUUGGCACAGACAUGGGCGACAUUCCGAACUACACCUACUUCGGCAUGGGCAUGGGCUUCGCGUUCCCACAGGACGCAGUCACGGCCUUGGCCGUCGCCGCCGGCGGAGACGCAGCUGGCCUCAAAAAUGUUCAUUCGGCCGAACUUCAGGCUGAAAUGCCGAGACUCGACCAGUCGGCCAUGUACACUCAGGCCAGCGGUCUCGUGUCGUCUGCGCACUUUCUCGAGUCGCAGUCCAACCCAAGCUACCUGCUCCGCGAGAUGUCGGGUCUCGAAUCGUCCGGGUUUGUGAGCAGUCCCUCGGGUACCACCAUCACCCAAGGCACUGCACACCCGUUCCUGUCUGAGCAGCAUCAACUUGACGCGACGGCGUUUGGCUAUUCCCAGCAGUAUGCUCCUAGCGACCUGCUCGAGUUUGACUAUGUGCCUCUCGGCGGUUCGAUUUAA